GUGGGAGUCCAAAAGCUUGGAACAAGAUUUUGUUCAUUCAUUCCUACAGCCAUUCAACUAGCAUAUUCUGGCCACUUCUCACACACACUGGCCAUCCACCAGGGAGACAGACCAUGCUUAGGCACAGGCUUAAUGUAAAUCAUGUUUAAUUCUUUCUUGGCUCUAAGACCCUGGACAAGUUCUGCCUUUCAGCUUCACCUUCCUCAUCUAUAAAAUAAGCAUAACCUUGAAUGCGGCACUGAUAGAAUUAAAAGUGAGAUAAUUGGUCGGGUGUGGUGGUACAUGUCUGUAAUCCUAGCACUUUGGGAGGCCACCGUAGGAGGAUCACUUGAGCCUAGGAGUUUGAGACCAGCCUGGGCAACAAAGUGAGAAAUUAUCAAGGAACAAUAAAAUGAUCUUGUUACAAAGAAAACCAAAUUCUCAAACAUGUAUGAAAUAUGAAUAAACUCCCAUGACACAUCAUUUGGCUUCAGAAAUUAUCAGUAUUUGAACUUAGAGCCUUUGAUUUUGAUUUUUGCGUCUCUACAAAAAUUACAAAAUAUUAGCCGGGUGUGGCGGCGGGUGCCUGUAGUCCUAGCUACUUAGGCUGAGUUGGGAGGAUUGUUUGAGCCCUGGGAGGUCCAGGGUGCAAUGAGCCAUAAUCGAGUCACUGUGUGUGAGACUGCCACACACACACACACACACACACACAAAGUGAGACUACGCACUCAGAAAUGCACAUAAACAUAAUUGGUCUUCUGAAACACAUGUGUCGUUUGCCACUAUUAUCUGUUAGGCUUUAGGGCUUGAUGAUAGAAAUCAUAAGGCAGUCUCUCUUUCCUCUUAUAUUCCUUUCCCAAUCUAAGAGGGCAGCAAAAAGCUCAGAGGUCCACCGUACCAUGCAACAUGUGAGAUGCCGAAAGCCCGCCCCAUCGACGACAGCAUUCAUCCAUCUCCCAAAUUCAUCUGGGUCCUACUCUGGAGUUACCCAGCUUUCUUGAGGUCUUGCAGCUCUACAAGGAUAAUCUGUGCUAAACUUUGCUGUCGUCCGAGGUCAAAUGUUUGGCUCACAGGUUGGAGAGCCUCCCAUGGCACCCGCGUUUUGGUCCUGAGAAGGGCAAGGCGCCCAGGGGGCGGGCUGGUGGAGCACGAGGCAGCUAUCUCCCAGUCUCCCCAAACCCGUGCCCUAGGGGGCGUUUCUGCGUCGCAGGGGCGGGCACAGCCGACGCCUCCCUGCUCCACCUUCUGGGUCGGCGCCAAAACUCGGAUAGUGAAUUUCGGGAAGUUUCACUCGGGGGCGAGCACGUGGGCACCUCAGGACCCGGGCUCCGCGCCGCGCGCUCGGCUACCCUCUCUAUCCAGCGGCGCCGGCGGCCCUCGCCUCACCCCUGGGCGUAGCUCCGGGCUCCCUUUGGCGUCGCCAGCUUCGCCUCCUCUCGCCGCGUCUCCUCCCGCCGCGUCACCCGUCGGUCCCGGCCGAGCUCGCACGCGGUGCGCGGCUCCCGGGCUCCAGGCGGCGGCGCGUAGCGGGCGGUGCGUAGCGGGCGCCCCCGAGGCGGCCCCGGUAGCGGCGGGCCUGAGAGGCGGGGACUGGGCGUGCCGCCGGCGCCCGGCUCCCGGAAACGGCUGCUUCAAGGCUCCUGCCGAGCGGACCGGCGCGGCGGCCGGAGCUCCAGCAUCUCUGCUCACGGUCCAGGAGGGGAGCCCGCGGCCACCGCCGCCUGAUCAGUGCGACCCCGGCCCGCGCCCCCCACGCCCGGCAAGAUGCUGCCAGUGUACCAGGAGGUGAAGCCCAACCCGCUGCAGGGCGCGAACCUCUGCUCGCGCGUGUUCUUCUGGUGGCUCAAUCCCUUGUUUAAGAUUGGCCAUAAACGGAGAUUAGAGGAAGAUGAUAUGUAUUCAGUACUGCCAGAAGACCGCUCACAGCACCUUGGAGACGAGUUGCAAGGGUUCUGGGAUAAAGAAGUUUUAAGAGCUGAGAAUGACGCACAGAAGCCUUCUUUAACAAGAGCAAUCAUAAAGUGUUACUGGAAAUCUUAUUUAGUUUUGGGAAUUUUUACAUUAAUUGAGGAAAGUGCCAAAGUAAUCCAGCCCAUAUUUUUGGGAAAAAUUAUUAAUUAUUUUGAAAAUUACGAUCCCAUGGAUUCUGUGGCUUUGAACACAGCGUACGCCUAUGCCACGGUGCUGACUGUUUGCACGCUCAUUUUGGCUAUACUGCAUCACUUAUAUUUUUAUCACGUUCAGUGUGCUGGGAUGAGGUUACGAAUAGCCAUGUGCCAUAUGGUUUAUCGGAAGGCACUUCGUCUUAGUAACAUGGCCAUGGGGAAGACAACCACAGGCCAGAUAGUCAACCUGCUGUCCAACGAUGUCAACAAGUUUGACCAGGUGACAGUGUUCUUACACUUCCUGUGGGCAGGGCCACUGCAGGCGAUCGCAGUGACUGCCCUACUCUGGAUGGAGAUAGGAAUAUCGUGCCUUGCUGGGAUGGCAGUUCUAAUUAUUCUCCUGCCCUUGCAAAGCUGUUUCGGGAAGUUGUUCUCAUCACUGAGGAGUAAAACUGCAACUUUCACGGAUGCCAGAAUCAGGACCAUGAAUGAAGUUAUAACUGGCAUAAGGAUAAUAAAAAUGUACGCCUGGGAAAAGUCAUUUUCAGAUCUUGUUACCAAUUUGAGAAAGAAGGAGAUUUCCAAGAUUCUGAGAAGUUCCUACCUCAGAGGGAUGAAUUUGGCCUCGUUUUUCAGUGCAAGCAAAAUCAUCGUGUUUGUGACCUUCACCACCUACGUGCUCCUCGGCAACGUGAUCACAGCCAGCCGCGUGUUCGUGGCCGUGACACUGUACGGGGCUGUGCGGCUGACGGUCACCCUCUUCUUCCCCGCAGCCAUUGAGAAGGUGUCAGAGGCAAUCAUCAGCAUCCGAAGAAUCCAGGGGGUUGUGAGGGUCCUCAGCUCUGGGGAGCUGGAUCUUUUUCAGAGUGGACUGGAUCGGAGUCUCCGCCUUGUUAUGCGUGUCCCUCUGUGCAUCUCAAACCCCAUUGGACUUGGUCAACCUGCUCUUGCAUCAGAGACCCCAACUCUACAAGGCGUUUCCUUUACUGUCAGACCUGGUGAAUUGUUAGCUGUGGUCGGCCCCGUGGGAGCAGGAAAGUCAUCACUGUUAAGUGCUGUGCUCGGGGAAUUGGCCCCAAGUCACGGGCUGGUCAGCGUGCAUGGAAGAAUUGCUUAUGUGUCUCAGCAGCCCUGGGUGUUCUCGGGAACUCUGAGGAGUAAUAUUUUAUUUGGGAAGAAAUAUGAAAAGGAACGAUAUGAAAAAGUCAUAAAGGCUUGUGCUCUGAAAAAGGAUUUACAGCUGUUGGAGGAUGGUGAUCUGACUGUGAUAGGAGAUCGGGGAACCACACUGAGUGGAGGGCAGAAAGCGCGGGUAAACCUUGCAAGAGCAGUGUAUCAAGAUGCUGACAUCUAUCUCCUGGACGAUCCUCUCAGUGCAGUAGAUGCGGAAGUUAGCAGGCACUUGUUCGAACUGUGUAUUUGUCAAACUUUGCAUGAGAAGAUCACAAUUUUAGUGACUCAUCAGUUGCAGUACCUCAAAGCUGCAAGUCAGAUUCUGAUAUUGAAAGAUGGUAAAAUGGUGCAGAAGGGGACUUACACUGAGUUCCUAAAAUCUGGUAUAGAUUUUGGCUCCCUUUUGAAGAAGGACAACGAGGAAAGCGAACAGCCUCCAGUUCCAGGAACUCCCACACUGAGGAAUCGCACCUUCUCCGAGUCUUCAGUUUGGUCUCAACAGUCUUCUAGACCCUCCUUGAAAGAUGGUGCUGUGGAGACCCAAGAUACGGAGAAUGUCCCAGUUACACUCUCAGAGGAGAACCGUUCUGAAGGAAAAGUUGGUUUUCAGGCCUAUAAGAAUUACUUCAGAGCUGGUGCUCACUGGAUUGUCAUCAUUUUCCUUAUUCUCCUAAACACUGCAGCUCAGGUUGCCUAUGUUCUUCAAGAUUGGUGGCUUUCGUACUGGGCAAACCAACAAAGUACGCUAAAUGUCACUGUAAAUGGAGGAGGAAAUGUAACCAAGAAGCUAGAUCUUAACUGGUACUUAGGAAUUUAUUCAGGUUUAACUGUAGCUACCGUUCUUUUUGGCAUAGCAAGAUCUCUAUUGGUAUUCUACGUCCUUGUUAAUUCUUCACAAACUUUGCACAACAAAAUGUUUGAGUCAAUUCUGAAAGCUCCGGUAUUAUUCUUUGAUAGAAAUCCAAUAGGAAGAAUUUUAAAUCGUUUCUCCAAAGACAUUGGACACUUGGAUGAUUUACUGCCACUGACGUUUUUAGAUUUCAUCCAGACAUUGCUACAAGUGGUUGGUGUGGUCUCUGUGGCUGUGGCUGUGAUUCCUUGGAUCGCAAUACCCUUGGUUCCCCUUGGAAUCGUUUUCAUUUUUCUUCGGCGAUAUUUUUUGGAAACGUCAAGAGAUGUGAAGCGCCUGGAAUCUACAACUCGGAGUCCAGUGUUUUCCCACUUAUCAUCUUCUCUCCAGGGCCUCUGGACCAUCCGGGCAUACAAAGCAGAAGAGAGGUGUCAGGAACUGUUUGAUGCACACCAGGAUUUACAUUCAGAGGCUUGGUUCUUGUUUUUGACAACAUCCCGCUGGUUCGCCGUCCGUCUGGAUGCCAUCUGUGCCAUGUUUGUCAUCGUCGUUGCCUUUGGGUCCCUGAUUCUGGCAAAAACUCUGGAUGCCGGGCAGGUGGGCUUGGCGCUGUCCUAUGCCCUCACACUCAUGGGGAUGUUUCAGUGGUGUGUUCGACAAAGUGCCGAAGUUGAGAAUAUGAUGAUCUCAGUAGAAAGAGUGAUUGAAUACACAGACCUUGAAAAAGAAGCACCUUGGGAAUAUCAGAAACGCCCACCACCGACCUGGCCCCAUGAAGGAGUGAUCAUCUUUGACAAUGUGAACUUCAUGUACAGUCUAGAUGGGCCUCUGGUACUGAAGCAUCUGACGGCACUCAUUAAAUCACGAGAAAAGGUUGGCAUUGUGGGAAGAACCGGAGCUGGAAAAAGUUCCCUCAUCUCGGCCCUUUUUAGAUUGUCAGAACCCGAAGGUAAAAUUUGGAUUGAUAAGAUCUUGACAACUGAAAUUGGACUUCACGAUUUAAGGAAGAAAAUGUCAAUCAUACCUCAGGAACCUGUUUUGUUCACUGGAACAAUGAGGAAAAACCUGGAUCCCUUCAGUGAGCACACGGAUGAGGAACUGUGGAAUGCCUUGCAAGAGGUACAACUUAAAGAAACCAUUGAAGAUCUUCCUAGUAAAAUGGAUACUGAAUUAGCAGAAUCAGGAUCCAAUUUUAGUGUCGGACAAAGACAACUGGUAUGCCUUGCCAGGGCAAUUCUCAGGAAAAAUCAGAUAUUGAUUAUUGAUGAAGCAACGGCAAAUGUGGAUCCAAGAACUGAUGAGUUAAUACAAAAGAAAAUCCGGGAGAAAUUUGCCCACUGCACCGUGCUAACCAUUGCACACAGAUUGAACACCAUUAUUGACAGCGACAGGAUAAUGGUUUUAGAUUCAGGAAGACUGAAAGAAUAUGAUGAGCCAUAUGUUUUGCUACAAAAUAAAGAGAGCCUAUUUUACAAGAUGGUGCAACAACUGGGCAAGGCAGAAGCCGCUGCCCUCACUGAAACAGCAAAACAGGUAUACUUCAAAAGAAAUUAUCCACAUAUUGGUCACACUGACCAUAUGGUUACAAACACUUCCAAUGGACAGCCCUCAACCUUAACUAUUUUCGAGACAGCACUGUGAAUCCAACCAAGACGUCAAGUCUGUUCCGAAGGUGUUUUCUGCUAGUUUUUGGACUAUGUAAACCACAUUGUAAUUUUUUUUUACUUUGGCAACAAAUAUUUAUACAUACAAGAUGCCUGUUCAUUUGAAUAUUUCUCCCAACUUAUCCAGUGAUCUCCAGCUCUAACAAAAUGGUUUAUUUUUAUUUAAAUGUCAAUAGUUGUUUUCUAAAAUCCAAAUCAGAGUUGCAGGCCACCAGUUAAAUGCUGUCUAUCAGGUUUUGUGCCUUAAGAAACUACAGAGUCAAAGCUCAUUUUUAAAGGAGUAGGACAAAGUUGUCACAGGUUUUUGUUGUUGUUUUUACGGCCCCCAAAAUUACAUGUUAAUUUCCAUGUAUAUCAGGGAUUCUAUUUACUUGAAGACUGUGAAGUUGCCAUUUUGUUGCAUUGUUUUCUUUGACAUAACUAGGAUCCAUUAUUUCCUCUGAAGGCUUCUUGUUAGAAAAUAGUACAGUUAAAACCAAUAGGAACAACAAAAAGAAAAAGUUUGGGACAUAGUAGUAGGGAGUAUGUAACCCUUACUCCCCACCAAAAAAAAAAAAAAAAGGAUAUAUGGUUAAAGGAUAGAAGGACAAUAUUUUAUCAUAUGUUCUAAAAGAGAAGCAAGAGAAAAUAUUACUUUCUCAAAAUGGAGGCCCUUAAAGGUGCUUUGAUACUGAAGGACACAAAUGUGACCAUCCAUCCUCCUUUAGAGUUGCAUGACUUGGACAUGGUAACUGCUGCAGUUUUAGACUCAGCAUCAUGACACUUCCCAACAAGGCCAAACCUCUAACCGACAUUCCUGAAAUACGUGGCAUCAUUCUUUUUUGGAUUUCUCAUUUAUGGAAGGCUAACCCUCUGUUGACUGUAAGCCUUUUGGUUUAGGCUUUAUUGAAAUCCUUUCUAAGUUGCAUGAAUAGGCUCUGCUAACAUGAUGAGACAAACUGAAAAUUGUUGCAAGCAUUGACUAUAAUUAUGCAGUAUGUUCUCAGGAUGCAUCCAGGGGUUCAUUUUCAUGAGCCUGUCCAGGUUAGUUUACUUCUGACCACUAAUAGCAUUGUCAUUUGGGCUUUCUGUUGAAUGAAUCAACAAACCACAAUACUUCCUGGGACCUGUUGUACUUUAUUUGAACUGUGGGUCUUUAAUUUUUCUUGAUGGUGGUGGCUGUAACAUGUUGAGUUCGGUUUACUAAAGGUUUUACUAUUAUGGUUUGGAGUCUCAUGACCUCUCAGAAUAAGGUGACACGUCCCUGAAAUUGCAUUUAUGUAUAUAGACAUGCACACGUGUGCAUUUGUUUGUAUACAUAUAUGUGUCCGUCAUAUAGCAAGUUUUUUGACUCAUCAGCAGAGAGCAACAGAUGUUUUAUUGAGUGAAGCCUUAAAAAGCACACACACAGCUAACUACCAAAAUACAUUGACUGUAGUAGCUGUUCAACUCCUAGUACUUAGAAAUAAAUGUAUGGUUAAUGUUCACUCCAAUAAACCACACACAGUAAAUGUUUAUUAAUAGUCAUGGUUCGUAUUUUAGGUGACUGAAAUUACAAUGGUGAUCAUAAUGAGGUUUGUUAAAACGUUAGCUAUAUUCAAAAUGUCUAUAUGUUUAUUUGGACUUUUGAGGUUAAAGACAGUCAUAUAAACAUCCUGUUUCUGUUUUAAUGUUGUCAUAGAAUUUUUUAAUGAAACUAAAUUCAGUUGAAAUAAAUGAUAGUUUUCAUCUCCAUUCA